CGAGGGAGGAGAGGAGAUAGGUGGUGCAUGAAGAGGAGAUAGGUGGUGCAUGAAGAGGAGAUAGGUGGGGCAUGAGAGAGGAGCACACAGCAUCCUCUGAAGACUGAGGCCGACAAGCAGAUAUCAUGGACAACAUCACAGCAGUGACGGUCCUACAUCACCUCUCCAGAGACCAGGAGGUCCUGCCUCUGUCCCAGGUCUCCCUACCGGCGCAGGAGGUCUACCCCUUCCACGACAGCUGGAACGUGGCCUGCUUCGUCAUCCUGCUGCUCUUCAUCCUCACCAUCUUGUCUUUGGCGGCCUUGGCCGUACUCUACGAGCUCCUGGACUGCGCCUGCUGCGCCAAAGGAAAGACACGCCAACAAGUGCAGGAGGAAGGUCCAGGAAACUGCAGCCAAAUGAUGAGCAGCAUGUGCAAGGAGCCAGGCUCCCACACGGAGGUGGUGUAGAACUGAUGAGCAGCAUGUGCAAGGAGCCAGACUACCACACAGAGGUGGUGUAGAAGCAUGGAGGACAAUGGAGGCUAAUUCCUUCUGGAGCAGAACCUCCCUCAGAGGAGACUGCCCUCACAGCUCAGAGCAAACUGAGGAAGCAGGCAAGAUGAAGCUAGACCGAGGCACAUCUCCACCAGCACGGAGCAAGUUGUCCAAAUACCUUUUUAUUCAGGACUUUAUUUAAUGCAUGUUCACCACCACAUUGAACACACGCGUCAAACUCAAGACCUGGGGGCCAAAUGUGGCCCACCACAUCAUUAUAAUGUGUCCUGCGGCCCCUGCCACUUUAUUUUCUGUGGUCUAUCAUACCAUUUCAUUGUGAUCCGCCACUGUAUUAUCUUAUUGUGGUCCAUUACAUCAUUAUAAUGUGAUCUGACACAUAAUUGUAAGUGAUCCGUCACACCAUUUAAUGUGGUCCCACAUAUGAUAUUAUCGUGGCACACCACAUCAUUUUACUGUGGCUUGCUACUUAAUUUUAAAAUGGCCCACUCCAUAAUGUUAUUGUUGCAUGCCACAUUGUUCUAAUGUGCCCUGCCACAUCGUUUCAUGUGGUCCCUUGUAUAAUUUUAUUGUGGUCCACUAUAUAAUUUCAUUGUGGCUAGCUACCUAAUUUGAAUGUGGCCUAUUCCAUAAUUUAAAUGUGCCUCACCACAUGAUUCUAAUGUAGCACGCCACAUUAUUUUAAUGUAGUCCAGCAUAUAAUUUAUUGUUGGCAGCCAUAUCAUUCUAUAGUGGCCUGCCAAAUAAUUUUAUUGUCGACCGCUACUUCAUUUCAAUGUGGCCCAUCCCAUGAUUUUAAAAUGCCACACUAUAUAAUUCUAACGUGGCCCGCCACAUCAUUUAAUGUGGUCUGCCACAUCAUUUUAAAAUGCCAUGCUAUAUAAUUCUAAUGUGGCCCUCCAUGUCAUUUAAUGUGCUGUGCCACAUCAUUUAAAUUGGCCCUCCAGGUCAUUUAACAUGGCCCACCGCAUCAUUUAAAUGUGGUCUGCCACAUCAAUUAAAGUAGCCCACCAAAUCAUUUAAUGCGAUCUGCCACAUCAUUUAAAGUGGCCCUCCACAUCAUUUAAUGUGGUCCACUGCAUCUUUUAACGUGGUCUGACACAUCAUUUAAAGUGGCCUGACAGGUCAUUUAAUGUGGUCUGCCACAUGAUUUACCUGGCCAGAAAAAGACUGGAAAUAAAAAAGUACUUUCUAGCUAAAAGUUAAAGUUAAAGUAGCCAUGAUAGUCACACACACACACACACACACACACACACACACACACACACACACACACACACACACACACACACACACACACACACACACACACACACUUGGUGUGGCCAAAUUAUUCUCUGCAUUUGACCCAUCACCCUUGAUCACCCCCUGGGAGGUGAGGGGAGCAGUGAGCAGCAGCGGUGGUGUGUUAUUUAUUUCAGUUUUGACAGAAGAAUGUUGCAUGUAUUUGCUUAUGUUCUACACUUAAAUAUUAUUUGAUGAUCCAAGCUUUUUUUGGGUCAUUAAAAAAAUAAACA